GGGGCGCCCCGGCGUGGCCUGGCCCACGACGCCACAAAAGCAUCGGAAGUGACUGGACGGACGAACCACAGGCCGCUGCUGAGAGGAAUUGUGGGAGUUGGAGGCCGAGACCCCUGGAGGGCCAAAGUGUGCCCAUGCCUGGGAGGCUGAGCUAUGCCACUGAAUGCCCAACGACCGUGAGAGAGGCCUCGGCAUGGAGUUCCCCAACCACAGCCAGAACGUGCUGCGGAGCUUGUGGGAGCAGCAGCAUGAUGGCUUCCUGUGCGACUGCACCGUCCUGGUGGGCAGUACCCAGUUCCUGGCCCACCGAGCUGUGUUGGCCUCCUGCAGCACUUUCUUCCACAUGUUCUACAAGGAGCGCCUGGACAAGCGGGACGUGGUGUCCAUCAACAACGAGAUCGUCACUGCCCCAGCAUUCGAACUCUUGCUGGAAUUCAUGUACAAAGGCAGCCUGUCUUUCAACGACAUGCCAGUUGAGGACGUUUUGGCAGCAGCCAGCUACCUGCACAUGAAUGACAUUGUUAAGGUGUGCAAAAAGAAGCUUCAGGCCCGAGCGUUGACUGAAGCGGACAGCACCAAGCGGGAAGAGGAGGCCCCGGGCAAUUCAGAACUUCUGCCCAGUACCUCCAAGUUUCAGCCUCCGAUGCCUGAGCCUCAGCCCUUCCCAUUGCCAUCCCUGUGUCAGAAAGACAGUGACAAAAAAGAGGAGUGGAAAGGAGGAGAGAAGGCAGCUUUGGAGGAAACUGCGGCCUCUACUUUGGAUGUGGCAGAUACAACGCAGCCAGGCAUGGAAAUCACGCUGCCAACAAAGCCACCACAAGCACCCGUGAUUGACAUUUCUUUCUCUAGUCCCAGCAGUUCCACUGAAACAAUCCCACACAAUAGCUUUUCUCUAGCAAAUGAAGGUUCUUCUAACACAGACCACGCUCCAGAGGGGUAUUUGGAGCAAAGGACAGACACAUUUUGUCAGAAGGAAACAAACCGGCCGUCUGUCAAGGUCAAAGUGGAAGCCAUUGUGAUUUCCGACGAGGAGCCUGAUGCGACAGAGCAACUGGAGGGACAGGGCGCAGAGUUUAGAUUGGAAAGCAUCUUCCAAAGGUCUGCCCCAGAUACAGCGCUCCCUGGAAGAUGUGGGCGCCAUUUGGACACAUUUGAAGACCCUGCUGGGAUAGAUGAAGUGACGUCGGAAAGCGGCUUCCUGUCCCAAGAGCACCUUCCGUAUCACAUGAUCCCCAUGCCUGGCGGGCAGAGCUUCUCAAACAUGGUGACGCCGCCCCUCCAUGAACAGAUGUACCUGCCGGAUUUCGAGUCCCACUCCAGCUUCGGCAUCUUUACCGACGAUGUGCCCACCUGCAAGACGUGCGGGAAGACCUUCUCGUGCUCCUACACACUCCGGCGCCACGCCACCGUCCACACACGGGAACGGCCCUACGAAUGCCGCUACUGCAUGCGGAGCUACACGCAGUCCGGCGACCUUUACCGGCACAUUCGCAAAGCCCACAAUGAGGACCUGGCGGCCAAGCGUUGCAAACAGGACAUGGAGAACCCUUCAUAGGUCUCAGGUCCCAGCAGAGAACAAGGUUAUUUCUGAUUAUUUCCUGUAGAUACCAUGCGAUUUAGGACUUCUUUGAAGGUGGUGAUUGGUCUGCAUCCAACUUUUUCUCCUCUCCUCCAGUCAUUCUCACAACCAGAGCUUUCCAAAUGUUUCAUCAUUGUGUUGCUGGAGGCCUUCAUGGCCAAAAUCUCUGGGUUGUGGUGAGUUUUCCGAGUUGUAGGGUAAUGUUGCAGAAGCAUUCUUUCCUGACAUUUCACCUACAUCUACAGCAGGCAUUUUCAGAGGUUAUGAGGUCUGUUGGAAACUAGGUAAUUGGAGUUUAUGCAGGGUGAGGCAGCAUAACUUCCUUUUUUCAAAACUUAAUAAAACCCAUUGUAUGAAUCAGAUUUUUUUAUUUUUU